AUGCUGGAACUCUUACCAGAGCUUCGACGAAAACGCGAAGAGUUAACCCAGGGCUUGAAGACUUUGGGCGACGCCCUUGAUGAUCUUCAUACACUUGCCGAAGGUUUGGACGAGUUGAUCAAUGCGGGAGCGGAUGCAGAAGCGGGGGGAAGCCCCCCCAACAAAAAAGACCGUGCUUCAGAUGUGACCUUCUUGCUGGUGGAUGGUGUCCCAACCAAGCCCACGGAAGUGGACCCGGUCGCCUUGAAUCGAUCGAACCAGACGCAAAUGCAAAAGCAGCAGAUACAGAUGCUGGACGAAUGGCGUGAAUCCUUCGUGGUCUCAGAGCAGGACGCCGUGGAAUUGUACAACUCCCUCUACGUGGAAAACGUCUCGGGAAAGCACGUGUCAAAGAGAGUCUCGGAUGAUUCUCGUAGCUCAGUGAUUUCACUGCAACAGUACCACCCCGUCUAUUGGGGCACGUGUGCGGAUAGCGUGGUCCAUGCCUGGCAGGUUUUCACGUUGGUGAUGAUCAUGUGUGACGUUUGGAGUGUCCCAUUGACCUUAGCCUGGCCAGGGCACCAAUUCCUGGGAUUCUACCAGGAAGUUCGUCCUGUGCUGUGGGCCUUCGAUAUUCUCAUGUCCCUUCUCCCAUGUCUCGUUGAGCUGGGGGGAGUCAAAGUGUCACAUCUUUGUGAAGCUGAAGCAGUACGCUCCAAGGCUUCCCUUUGA